AUGCAAACAACGUUUAAAUCAGGUACAGCUGUUGACCAAAGCUUGAAAAGUACUCCAGGUAUUACUACAGCAUACAGAGAUCAAAAUGGGAAUCUUGUGACUCAGGUAAAAAAAGAAACUUAUAAUAAGGAAAACGGCCAAAGCGCUCAUGCAAUUGAAAUCCAAGAGAUGCUCAUCCCAACAUUAAUUAAAGAUACUACUACUGAGAAAAAUACUUAUUUACCACAAAAAUUUACACAAGGAGACACAGAAAAAUUCAAUGGUUACAACACAUUUUUUAACAACCAAAAAUAUACAUCGGAGCCAAAUAGCCCAAUUAGUUCUCAAGUAUUUAAUAAUAAAAAACAAACAGAAAGUGGUCAACAAUCAGUUGACUUACCUGGAUAUUCAAUACCAUCUCAAAUAGGACAACAGUCUGUAGACAUUAGCAACCAAUAUGCACCAAAAAAACCGAGUACUCAAAAAUUUGAAAAAAUAGAGUCGUUUUCAACACAAACACAAGAGGAAGUUGGUCAACAAUCAGUAGAAUUACCUGGAUAUUCAAUACCAUCUCAAAUAGGCCAACAGUCUGUAGACAUUGGCAACCAAUAUGCACCAAGAAAACCAAGUAAUCAAAAAUUUGAAAAAAUUGAGUCAUAUUCAACACAAACGGAAGUUGGUCAACAAUCAGUUGACUUACCUGGAUAUUCAAUACCAUCUCAAAUAGGACAACAGUCUGUAGACAUUAGCAACCAAUAUGCACCAAAAAAACCGAGUACUCAAAAAUUUGAAAAAAUAGAGUCGUUUUCAACACAAACACAAGAGGAAGUUGGUCAACAAUCAGUAGACUUACCUGGAUAUUCAAUACCAUCUCAAAUAGGACAACAGUCUGUAGACAUUAGCAACCAAUAUGCACCAAAAAAACCGAGUAAUCAAAAAUUUGAAAAAAUUGAGUCAUAUUCAACACAAACGGAAGUUGGUCAACAAUCAGUAGACUUACCUGGAUAUUCAAUACCAUUUCAAAUAGGACAACAGUCUGUAGACAUUGGCAACCAAUAUACACCAAAAAAACCAAGUAGUCAAAAAUUUGAAAAAAUUAAGUCGUUUUCAGCACAAACACAAGAGGAAAUUGGUCAACAAUCAGUAGACUUACCUGGAUAUUCAAUACCAUCUCAAAUAGGACAACAGUCUGUAGACAUUAGCAACCAAUAUGCACCAAAAAAACCGAGUACUCAAAAAUUUGAAAAAAUAGAGUCGUUUUCAACACAAACACAAGAGGAAGUUGGUCAACAAUCAGUAGACUUACCUGGAUAUUCAAUACCAUCUCAAAUAGGACAACAGUCUGUAGACAUUAGCAAACAAUAUGCACCAAAAAAACCGAGUAAUCAAAAAUUCGAAAAAAAGGAGUCAUAUUCAACACAAACGGAAGUCUUCAUAAAGGAAGACUGUAGGUGUUUUAUAAUUGGUGGUCCUGAAAAGGACCUUUUUAAAUAG